AAGUCCCGAAAGGGCUGUCUGCAAUGUAAACGACGCCAUGUCAAGGUUCGUUACUUCCAUGAUUUCCCAUCUUAUUUUCGUUUCAUCACUGCAUAGGUUUCUUUGGCUUGAUUAUUUCCAUUGCAUCUUUCGUGCGAUGAAGAGCUCCCAAGGUGCGGUUUGUGCCAAAAACGAAAACUGCAAUGCAAAUAUCCAGCCUCUUCCAAUGAGGCCGAUAGUCUAAACCCUUCUACGCCGCAGGAUGAAGUUGAGUCAAUGUAUAGCUCGAACGAGCUGUCUUUAUCCACAAGAAUGCUGGAAAUGAGGCUCUUCCAUCUCUAUCUGACAGAAACAUACAUCACCCUGUACCCAGGGAAGUUAGAUACCAAUCAUUUCCAGUCCGCCGUCCCCGGACUAGCGACAUCUUAUCCAUUCUGCUUGGAUGCCCUACUGGCAUUUUCCGCCCUACAUUUGGCUUCGAAAGAGACGGGCGAUAACCGCCAAUGGGUAGAGUGCGCUCUGAAGUAUCAGAAUCGCUCCUGCUCUGCCAUGAGUCGCGUGUUGGCUGAAUUCUCCGUUGAGUAUUCUGGACCAGCUUUCAUUUGCUCUAUCCUCAUCAUGUUAUGCUCAUACGCCUACCCUUGCGUUUCCCAAGACGACCAGCCAUUCGACCCUCUCGCACAGGUCUUAGAAAUCCGCCGACUGCUUGCUGGAUGCGCCUUCUUCUUCCACCAACUCGCUAGGAUGGAGCAUCCAGGCGAACUAGCGGGAUGGUUACGAUACAAAGAUGACGAGGAUUCAGAAGAAGAGCUUUCAAAAGAACAACAAGACCCGAAACUUAUCCAAUUACGAAGUGCCCUAUUGAAUUCCCUAGCUCGUAUACGAGGAAUGAUUGACAAUGUUGAUGAAUCUCGCAGAGAAGUAAAUCAGGAUAUCUGGGAGUUCUUGAAUGAAGCAGUUAAGCGACCAUUGGGAGGACGCGAGGGGGGAGUUAUUGCAUUGCCUAUUAGGAUCAGCGAUGCUUAUGUGGACCUCCUCAAAGAGGGCGAUUGGAUGGCCCGUAUAUUAUUUCUUCAUUAUGGUGUCGGGAUGCAUCUUCUCUCUGACAGAUGGUUUGUCAGAGACUGGGGACGCCGGCUCGUAUCGACAGUGUUGCAGCCACUUAAGGACAUCCCAGCUGAAUGGGAAGAGACUGUUGCAUGGACAAGGCAAGCGGUAGACCUUGACGAGUGGUCACGAUCUUGAACAAGACGAAGGGCAAACAAGAAAGGAAAUGGGAAACAAACCAAACAAAGACGAAGAAACUGACACUUGAUAACAGGAUCAGCGAUGGAAGUGUCAAAUGCGGAGAUGUGGCUGAUAGCUAUUAUGUAAUAGCUUAAUCCCUUGCGGGUUGACCCAAACCCACGAGAUAUCGAGCAAUGGGAGAACUGAUACCGACUCGUUGGACCAUGGAUUAUCCCUGCCUAAUCCGGCAGGCGAUCAGAUGACUCCGCCAUGUACCCG